AUGAUCAACUAAUCUGAAUACACAGAAAAGAGUACCAAGUCUCAUAAACUACAUGAAAGUACAAGAGCAAUGUCAAAACUAUCUUUUGCUUAGGAAGGUUAAAAGCAAUCUUCUCUUUCAACAAUUUUUGGGAUUACUAAUUCAAUGGUAGGUUCCCUUUGUUUAGUAAUUCCUUAAGUAUUUCAACAAUGUGGAAUAAUAACAUGCUUAAUAGUGAUGGCCAUUUUGUGUUUGGUUUAAUACAAAACAUGCUAAAUAAUGAUUAUACAUUAAAAGGAAGAAGAAUUAGACAGUGAACACAUGAUUAAAAGAUUAUUAGGCAAAUCUUGGGUAUAAUUAAAUAUAAUAAUUAUAGACCUAAGCUUUCAGAGUUACAUCAGGAACAUUAUUAUUUAUUGUUGGAAUUAUAUAUUUUUAAUUAAUAAAUCUAACACUCUAUCCUAUUUUAGUAUUAAUAUUCGAAAAAAGCAAUUACACUAAUUAUGCUAUGCCUUCAGAUGGUAUCACUUUUGAUAAAUUUUCAAUAUAAUGGUAAUCAAUAAUUAUAUUCUUACCAUUGGCAUCAAUGUUAUUAUUAAAAGACAUCACAAAAAUAAUUAAAUUUGCACAUUAUGGUGUUGUUGCUAUCUUAUGUUAUUGCAUAUUUAUUAUUUAUAUCUUCUCAGCCAAUAUGUUAAACAUAAAUGAAUUUAAAGGAGAUAUAACUUGGUUUACUUGGAAUUUCAUAUAACCAGCAGGAUAAUUUGCAUUUGGUUUCAUGGUACAUAACUCAGUUGGAUAAUUGAUUAAAAAUAAUGCAAAUAAGGCAAAUAAUUCAAGAGAUUUACUUAUAUCUUAUGGGAUUGCAGCAGUUAUUUAUGGAAUAAUAGGUACAUUUGGAGCAAUAGGUAUAAUGGGAAAAACAGCAAUCAAUCCUUCAACUAUUUUGGAUUUCUUUUCAUCAACAGAUUAUGCUGUUUUAUUUAUUGAAGGAUUAUUUUUAGUACAUUUAGUAGCUGCAUUCCCAAUAUUUCCAUAUAUUAGUAUAUACUAAAUAUUGGAAACUUUUUAUCAUAAAGAAUAUCCAAAAAAAUUUUAAUGGGGAUUGAAGAUAAUAUUCAUAUGUUCAUGUUUGAUUGUUUAAUUAUUCAAUAUAAAUGUUGGGAUUGUUAUAUCAUUUGAUGGAGCUGUAUGUGGAUUUCUAUUAGUGUAUGUAAUUCCAGUUUAUAUGCAUUUUAAAUGUUAUUAUGGUAACAGAACAAAUGUUGGAGAUGCAUUAUUAGAUCAUGAUAGUAAUUGUGUAAAACACAAAAACAUAAAUUAUUUGUCUCUUCCUUUUAGAGUCAUAAUUUAUUUAAUAAUACUAUCUGUAGGCAUAUUUAAUAUGAUAAUUUUCUUUUAUGACUUUUUCAAGUGA